CAGGAACUCUCCACAUUACGCAUCACUAACAAUGAGAGAUGAAGAUUUCGACGGAUCUCCUCAGAUACAGUAAUGCUUUGGAAAUGCUCACCAAGCAUGGUGUUGCCAGUCUCAAGACCCAAUAGCUGUGAUCGCUUUCAACUAUAAGAAACCCCCCGGCCUGUGCUACCUUAGAAAACAUAGGAAAGUCAAAAUCUCACAACGACACAAUUCCUGCCUAUUCACCUUACUCGUCAUCAGAGACCAAUUUGUUGCUCAUGCUCAAAACUGUAACAAACGCCAUGUCCAAGACACUACACCACGUAAAGAUCACUCCCCACCGGUCAUCGGCGCGAGGUCACAGCAACCAUGGUUGGCUAGACACGUACCAUUCGUUCAGCUUCGCGGACUGGUACAAUCCCAACUUCACCCACUUCGGGUCCUUGCGAGUCCUCAAUGAGGACCGCGUCAAGGCCAACUCAGGUUUCCCAAUGCAUCCGCACCGGGACUUCGAGAUCUUCAGCUACAUCCUCUCGGGAGCCCUUACGCACAGCGAUUCGACCAUGAGCAAGAAGCAAGCAGAGGGCGGCACCCAGUCGGAGCUGUCGUGCACAGUGCAACGCGGAGACAUACAAUUCACCACGGCGGGGAGGGGAGUCACGCACUCUGAGUUCAACCGUGGCAACGAAACGGUGCAUUUCCUCCAGAUAUGGGCCAUCCCGUGGAGGCGUGGCCUGACGCCGCGUUACCACUGGGGACGGUAUAACGACGAGGACAAGCGGAAGGGCUUUGUCAGUCUUCUGAGCCCGCUAAAAGGCGGCGUCGAUGCAAGCGAGGCCGAGGAGAAGGCGGCCGAGCCGACCAUCCCCGGGACAAUAGCCAUCCACGCCGACUUUGUCAUGGCCGCUGGCAUCAUCCAACCGGGCAGCAAGUUCGAAUGGGCGGUGGGCGCCAAAGCGACCGAGUCGGGCAAGCGCAAAGUCUAUGUACAUUUGCCCAUGACCAAGGGCGGCAAAGCCAAGAUCAGGCUGGAUAAUCGGGAGGAUGCAGUCCUUGGCGAGGGUGAUGGUGCAUUUGUGGAUGGCAUCAACGCGGGAGACAGACUUUCGGUGGAGAGUGUCGGGGAGGCCGAGGCAGAAGUCAUUGUUCUGGACACUGCUUAGAAGAGUCCGUUAAUAAAGAAAAACAGCUAUGAGGAAUAGCUCUCCGUAUUGUAUGUACAAGUAGAGCUUCUAAGGAGAGCUCCAAUCAUUCUGCAAGC